UGUACAUACUAUUUCCUUUUUCUCACCCCCAACAGACUCCACUCAUUUGGCGUGGUCAUGGGGAGGCCAUAUCGGUUGAAGAAAAGCUCCACGGCUUCCCACGGUUCCUUUGUGUGGGUAUGUGUGUGUGUGGGGAUUGACCUAACUAAUAACUAAACUACCUCGGAAGCUUGAACCGCGGGAGCCUGGGUUCACUGAUCUAGGUAUCUUCAACUUUCUUCACCUUGACUUACCAUUUGCUUUUUGCGCAUGUGCGAAUAGUUACAGUUACAGUUACCUUAUAUGUAUAUGUAUAAGUAUAAAUCGGACCGUCUUUUGUUCUGCUGUUACUACUUUUACUGUUAAUUCUUUCUUACUUCCGUUAUAUAUCCCGUCGUUGUCAUCGUCGUCACUAUCCCUAUUCCUAUCACGGUCACUAUCAUCAUCACCAUGGUGGUCAUCAAGUCAUUGCACCCGCCGCUGCAGAUCCCCGAGGCCGAUUUGUGGCAGCUCGUGUUCGAGAGGAAGGACAGGCCGUUUCCGGAAGAUAAAGAGAUCUACAUCGACCCGGACACCCGGCGGUCGUACACGUGGGUGCAGGCGCGCAGCACAGCGCUCGAGUUCGGCCGGGGGCUCAGGUCGCAAUGGCGGUUCAAGAAGGGGGACGUGCUGGGGUUCUUCUCGCCCAACAGCGUCGACUACGCGCCCGUGUUCUUCGGCGUGCACUGGGCCGGCGGCGCCUGCUCGACCGCGAACCCGACGUACACGCCGAAGGAGCUCGCCUACCAGAUGAAGGACUCCCGCGUCGUGGGAAUCGUCACCCAGGUGCCCAUGCUGCCGACCGUGCUCGAGGCCGCCAAGACCAUCGGAUUGCCCGAGGACCGCAUCAUCCUGCUCGGCGACGCGCGGGACCCGACGGGGAAGUUCAAGCAUUUCACCGAGCUGCGCGGCGGCGGCGGUUCGGGACUGCUGGGGUUGUCGCUACGCCCGCGCCUCGACCCGAAGAAGGAUACCGCGUUCCUCGUUUACAGCUCCGGGACCACGGGCCUGCCGAAGGGGGUCAUGCUGACGCACUACAACAUCGCCGCCAACCUCACGCAGCUCGGGCAUUGCGAUAAGUUUAACGGCAUAUACCACUCCGGCGGGAUCGACGGGAAAGGCGACAAGCAGAUCGCGGUGCUGCCUUUCUUCCACGUAUACGGCCUCACAUGCAUAGCCCUGCACAGCAUAUUCAUGGGCCUGCAAGCCAUCAUCCUGCCGAAAUUCGACCUCGACAAGUUCUGCCAGGCGAUCCAAGACUUCGGCGUGACCUUCGCGGCGAUCCCGCCGCCCGUGGUCCUCGCGCUGGCCAAGCACCCGUCCGUGGCGCGGUACGACCUGUCGAGCGUCAAGUGGGUGAACUCGGGGGCGGCGCCGCUGGGCCGCGAGCUCGUGGAGCAGGUGUGGGCGCGGCUGGGCAUCCCCGUGAUGCAGGGGUACGGGCUGUCGGAGACCGCGCCCGCCGUGACCAAGGGCAGCCUCGUCGACUGGAAGCGGUACAACGGGUCCUGCGGGAAGCUCCUGCCCAACGUCGAGGCCAAGGUCGUCGACGUCGAGUCCGGCGAGGAGAGGGGGCCCGGCGAGGGCGAGGGCGAGCUCUGGUUUCGCGGCCCCAAUGUCUUCCCCGGGUAUUGGAAUCGGCCCGAGUUGCAGAGCGACACGUUUAGCCCGGACGGGUUCUUUAAGACGGGGGAUAUCGGGUAUGUGGAUAAGAAGGGGAAUUUCUAUAUCACGGAUCGGUUGAAGGAGUUGAUCAAGUACAAGGGCUUCCAAGUCGCGCCCGCGGAGCUCGAGUCGGUCCUCCUGGGACACGACGAGGUCGCGGACGCGUGCGUGGUGCCCGCGCACGACAAGGAGCGCGAGACCGAGGUGCCCCGUGCGUACGUCGUCCUGCACCCCAACGUGCCGCGCACCGAGCCCAAGGCCGCGGAGCUCGUCGCCUGGGUCGAGGCGCGCGUCGCCCAGCACAAACGGCUGCGCGGCGGCGUGCGCUUCCUCGACGAGGUGCCCAAGAACGCGAGCGGGAAGCUGCUGCGCAGGGUGCUCAAGGAGCAGGCGAGGAAGGAGGACCAGAGGGCUGACGGGGCGAAGUUAUGAUGAGAAGUUAGUUGUGAUGGUGGUGGUGAGGGUGGCUAUAGAUUAGGUACCUUAGGUACCUAUAGACUAAUAAAGUUGGUGGUAGAAGGAUAAUAAAUAGGGAGAGAAGGAGAUGUGGAUGGGAUGGAGAAAGACGUAAAGAAGAGGAAGAGUAGGAUGGAAGUUCAGCUGUAGAAUUUUCUAUAUCUAGAUUUUAGAAUACCCAUAUGCGUAUAAGUUAUAGCAUUUAUACAGAUGAUCGUACAGUUGAGCCCGACUAC